CCCACUCCAGUGUUCUUGCCUGGAGAAUCCCAGGGACGGCGGAGCCUGAUGGGCUGCCGCCUAUGGGGUCGCACAGAGUCCGACACGACUGAAGCGAUUUAGCAGCAGCAGCAGCAGCAGCUUUUCCUUAUUUGCUUCAAUUUCCAAGUCAGCUACUAAUUUUACUAUUUUCUUAGUAUCUCAUACCACGGGCCAUUUCCACUGUGAUCAGGAGCAGAAUGGGGUUCAACACCAGUGCAGGUUCCAAAGAAAAUACUUUCUGAAGAGUGAUAAUAACGACAUUCCCAUUCUGCAAGUGAGAAAUCUACUAAUUUGGUGUAAUAACAAGUCAUCCCGUACUGAUCUUACGGUCCCAAAACUUAACACAGAAAGAAAAUCACGCUCCCACGGGCAGGCUCAGAGGACUGCACUCGAGCGACACCGCGGUCAUACAGACACAGACAGCGGGACAUCACAGGUGCACACUAGAGCUCACAGAGGACUGUCGGUUCCCGUAACUACGGACGCUUCUGGUUUCCAGGAGAGGGGAGGGGGCAGUUCUCAUACUCCGCGCCUGCGUACACUCGCGCCCAGCCGCGCCACGCCCCUGAACCCUCGGGCCCCGCCUCUCCGGCGUAGUCACGCCUCUGAUAUCCUGGGCCCCGCCCCUCAGGCGUAAUCGCGUACGUGCACAGGCACUCCCGCUCUGACGCUAAGGUUCCACCUCUCCGUCUCAACAGCCUAAGAACACGCCCCCUCGGCUAAGCCACGCCCUGUCUCCGCCCCUCGCGCCUGACUGCUCGCCCACCUGGGGAGGUUCGACCCCCUGUGCGCUGGUCUCCGGGGCGUCGGCUGCCGAAGUCCUUCGGCCUUACCCUCCCAGGACACUGCUGUUCUCCAAGAGAAAAGCCAGGAAAAGAAGGUGAAAAUGACAGUGGAACUAGUGAAAGCCAUACCCCAGGACCUGGUGACAUUCAAGGAUGUGGCAAUAGACUUCUCCCAGGAGGAAUGGGAAUGGCUGAGCCCUGCUCAGAGAAGUUUGUACAGGAGUAUGAUGUUGGAGAACUAUCAGAGCCUGGUAUCACUGGGACUUUGUAUCUCUAAGCCAUAUGUCAUCUCCUUAUUGGAGCAAGGGAAAGAGCCCUGGAUGAUGAUGGAGAAUGAGAUGAGAAGCCCAUUCCCAGGAUUGCUCCCCUCAGUCCAUCUACAUAAGAAGAACCAUGGGGAAUUGGUUUCUUGAGUUCUUAUGGGCCCAGUUCUAGAAUUAUUGAAGUUUGGGUGUUCCUGAUACCAUGAAUGACCUGGAGAGGAAGCUUGUUAAAAUCUCAGUGUUUCUUAAUUGCUUUGGUAGAUUUGAUCCCUCGCAUCUCUGAACUUUUAUACUAGUUUUACUUUUUUACCACAUGGAUUCAUUUUUGAUAUAUUUUCUUCUCAAAUUA